AUGUGUCAUAGGCGCGCGUUUUUGGUUUGCAAGGACUGGAACUGGUCCAUCAAGCGACAGCUGCUUCUCACAAAUACCCCUGCUGAUAAAAUCCUCAAGUUUGGCAGCGAAGGAAUCUUCUGCCUUGACAAAUUGAGAGCCACUCUCCCUCUUGUCAUGGGGUAUGAGCUCAACUCAAAGCAUGAUUACGAUCUUGAUGCCGACAUGGAUGAUUACCCCGAGCUUGUUGAAGCCAAAAAGAGAAUCAUCACAGUCGGGCACUCUGUGUUUAGGUACAAAAUUAGACGUCAACGUCGCCCAGUCACCUCUGGAACGCCCGAGGCAUGGAUGCAGGAGGGCCACUUCUAUCCGUGGGUUUACCACUUGCAUGCGUCUGCUCCUGGGCCGGGGUACAAGCGUUAUCCGUGCAGGUGGACAAUCCAAUCUGAUGAACUUGUCCACGGAGCAUGGCCAGCUGGGUUCUCUAACCUUUCUUCACCGCUAUGGCGUCCACCAGGUCGAAUUCUACGGAAGGGGAGAGCAUCCGGUAGCUUUCGCCAUCCACAAGCAAAACUUGGAAUUCGUCGACGCUCUGCUCAGUCUUGGGUUCAAAUCGGCCGUUUUGGUGCGUCCCCGCGAGUCUUCCGUCGAAUGGUUAACGCCAAUCACCCAUGCCGUCCAAUUUGGGGACCACAGAUUGGGCCUCCGUUCUGUUUCGCUACAUCAGCCCCGAAUGAGGAAGAGGGUGUCAUUGGCUUGACUCCAUUGGUCAGAUCCAUUUUGAAAAACGAUGUGCCGAUGAUGAAGCGUCUCCUUGAUCAUGCGGUACAUGUCAAUCCAGUUCACAACAAGACCAUUCUCCCACUCGGAGUAGCCGUGGCGAACAACAACGUCGAAGCUGUCGAGCUGUUGCUCGACCUUGGGGCGGAUAUUGAUGACACCGACGCUUAUUUCUACAACGCCCUGGACUUUGCCAUCCACAACAAUCUCGAAAAUAUGGCUGUCCUGCUCCUCAACCGCGGUAUCCGAGUCACGACAUACAACGUCAAGCUCGCGGCGCGUUUCAGCACACUUGAUGCCCUUGUCAAGCUCAUCGAGCGUCCAGGGGUUGCACCACAUUUUGAAAAAUCCAACGGACUCAUAACCCGUGUUCCUGACCGCAACGGCAGACUUCAGGUACUUAUGCGCGAUAAUCCCCGCGUUCUGGCCUACAUCUCGACCACGAGCGACAAUGUGGCGAAAUACGUCACUCUUAAUCCCAUGCUCUUGCACCUUGCCGUGAAAGCGGGUCUUACUCGUGUUGUUGAGGACAUGCUUCAAGCCGGUGCUGAUCCAAAUGCGUUGGCUGCCAUGAACCCCAAGCGUUCGACCCUCCAAACUGUCAUUCGCAAACAGAAUCUGCCCAUCAUCCGCUUGCUGCUCAAGAAAGGUGCCGAUGUGAACUCCAAGGGUGGACGCCAUGGCUCCCCAUUGAAUGCUGUGAAACACGUGCGCAAUAAGGCUAUUCUGCGUAUGUUGAUAGGAUACGGCGUCAUCUAUGAUAGCUCAAUUGUCAACGAGUACGCAGCCUGGCCCGAGCUGGAGACCAAGGUGGUCAAGACAAACAACAAGGAGCCGAAGUUUUCGAGCCUGAAAGCAAAGUUGCCUUCUCUUCGCAACAUCUUUGCACGCACAAUACAAUGUCUGCACCGCAAGUAG